GACAUUGAUUGCUAAACUUGAGAUCUUUCAAUUUCUCAUGAGCUUUCGUCGAGAUUACAACGUUGUAAGCGCAUUCAAAUUUAUCAACAGAUGAAGAAUUUGUAAUUGCAAGAGAUAUAACAAACGUACGCUUUGCGAAGGAAGGUGCAACGCUUUCGCGCGAAAUACGCUGUGCAAAUUCACGCCGACGUCUUGUCAAGAUAGACAAUAUCACACGUGAAAUUUUUAAAUUCACGUGAUCGUCACAUCACGUCGUGUUAACGCUUUCAGGACGACAACAUCGCAAAGACAAAAUGAAACUUGGCUUUAUUGUCAUGUGCGUCACGAUUCUACUGGCAUUAUUGAUUACUUCAACGUAUAGGAUAAAUGCCUUUGAAAUAGAUGACGGGCAAAUCGAGAAUGAUUAUGCCAAAGUCCUGAAUCUUUCAUUGAUGUUUUAUGAAGCGCAGCGUUCUGGGAAAUUACCAAGAGAGAAUAGGAUCCCAUGGCGAAAUGAUUCUGCAUUGCAUGACGCUGGUUGGGAGGAUGAAGAUUUAACCGGAGGAUACUAUGAUAGUCAUAAUUAUGUAAAGUUCGGUUUCACAAUGGCUUUCACGACGACAAUUUUGGCUUGGGGUGCGGUCAGUUGGCCGGAAGCUUUUAACGUCGCUAAUCAACUCGACGAAAUGCAUAAAACUAUCAAAUGGGCUACGGAUUAUUUCAUCAAGUGUCACGUAAAGGAGAACGAAUUGUACGGACAAGUAGGCGAAUUUUAUUUGACUGAAACGUUCGGGAGACCCGAAGAGCUACCAUAUGAAACGUACAGACCAGCCUACAAAAUCGAUCCGGAACAUCCUGGCUCUGAUGUCGCCGGCGAAACAGCAGCAGCUCUCGCAGCUUCGAGUAUCGUCUUCAAAAAAGUCGAUCCCGAGUAUAGCGCCAAAUGUCUCAAGCAUGCGAAAGAAAUUUACAAUUUGGCCAAACGUUAUCGUGGCUUUUUUUUGCACAAUGAGAUACAAAACGUGCAAAAAUAUUAUAAUAACACUGAUUACGGUGACGAGCUAGCGUGGGCUGCUAUUUGGCUCCACAAGGCGGAACCACAUUUCGAUUAUCUCAAUGAUGCCGAAAAUCAUUACCAAGAUUUCCAUCUCGAGAAACGACCGAAUGAAUUUUUCUAUAACAACAAGAUUGCCGGAGUUCAGAUUUUGCUAGCUCAAUUAACAGGAAAAUUGGAAUAUAAAAGAGCUGUUAUCGAUUUUUGCAACUUCUCAGUGCAUAACCAGACACGCACGCCUAAAGGUCUUUUGUAUAUCGAUAAAUUAGGUACUCUUUCUCAUGCCGCUAAUAUAGCCUUUAUUUGCUUGGAAGCUUCGGAAUAUGGACUUGGUCCCUCGCAUCAAUAUGAUAAAUUUGCCAAAGAACAGAUUGAUUAUAUACUAGGUUUUAUACCAGGAAGAAGUUACGUGGUCGGAUACGGUAUUAAUGCACCGCAACAGCCGCGUCAUAUUGCAUCUUCUUGUCCGCACUUACCAAAGUCGUGUGGAUGGGAACAAUAUAGGAAAAAUGAACCGAAUCUGCAGAUUCUUUAUGGUGCUCUAGUUUCCGGACCUAAUGAAAAUGAUUUCUUCUAUGAUAAUCGACACGACGGUAAUUAUACGGGUGUCGGGAUAGAUUAUAAUGCUGGUUUUACCUGUGUGCUCGCCAAACUGUUACAACUGCAUUGUUAUGAGAUACAUAUGUCUCCUUCUACUUACGAUAAGCUAUUCAAUCACAUUAAUUUGUCAUAGCUGUAAUUAACAUAUGUAUAGAAAUAUUUCCGUAUUUAGAAAUCAAAUAGAUUCUUUGUCGUGUGUGCAUAAUAUUCUUUU